UUGACUCCUGGUUGAAUUGGUAGUUCUGUCUAGACUUGGUAAAAAUAUUAGAACGUUUUCGGGGUUAGAGAAAAGAGCUUUAUUUAGCGAGCUUUAUGAGUGAUAACGAAGCCAAAAUGAAGAGUGAGAUCGACGUGCGGUUAUAUAUGAAUAUAAAGAAUGCAUUGUCAAGACUCGAGGUUAGAACUAAGUGUAAGAACAGUGACGAUGAAUCGUGAUCUUAGUGGUUGGCCUUGUCCACUUCAGCAGUCAUCGUCGUCGUCGUCGUCGUUGUCGUCGUCGUCGUCGUCGUCGUCGUCGUCGUCGUCGUCGGCGGCAACAUUUCGUCCUACUCACCGCUGUUGUCCUUUUAACAGCGGUGUAACAAUUGACGAAGAAAAGUUGGCAGAGGAAGAGAAAAAGAGAGAGAGAGAGAAGUGGAGCAACGGCAACGGCAACGGCAACGGCAACGGCAACUGCAACUGCAACUGCAACUGCAACUGCAACUGCAAUAGCGUUAGUUUAGUAAUAAUUAUAGCAAUAAGAGUAAAAACAACAUAACACAACAACAACAAUAACAAUAACAAUAACAGCGAGGGUGACGUGGGGGGCGCCAAAGAUCGCAUGGAAUGGCAGCGGCCUUGAAAAAAAACCAUUCUCGGAGAAGAUUGGCUGCUUUGACAUUUCUAUCGAACAUCUCUCUGGAUGGAAGUCAUCGUGAUACAAAACUGGCAAUUCUAUCGCGCAAGUCUACCUUUCCUGGGGUUGCUGGAAUUGGGGGAGAAAGAAAGGGUACAGAACACGCGCGAACUUUAAGCGACGGUGGGAAAAACCGUAGACGAAGUUCGACACCGAGAUUCGAAUUUGAAGAAGAUUCCUUUGAAGAAACAAGUUCACCUUUAUUAUUGUCCUCGAAACAGUAUAUUGACAGCUCAAUGACUAUCGAUCAAGAUGAUAAACAAUGUCACCGACUAGAUUGUCUGUCUGGUGCUGAUUCCUCGUCUUCUCCUCGUGACUCUCAUAAACAAAUUUAUUGUGCGAACAGUUCAAGGCGCAGAGAUUCAAUUAAUUGUUCCGAUGAAUCUCUUGUCCCCACUAAGGUGGCUGUAGCUGCCUUUCUAGAACAAGAAAGAAACUAUCCACAUUUACCUUCUUCGGGAUUGCAUACUGGUUCCUUUAGAGAACGCACUGGAACAACUGGGAGCGAUUAUUCUUUGCUCGAGAGACGUGUUGGCUCGUUGCAAUAUAAAAAACGGAUAAGUCAUCAAACAUCAACGCUAUCCGAAGAUAUAAAGCAUCGAUGUAAUAGCAGUAAUGAAAGCAUUGGUUCACUUCGUUCCAAAUCACAAUCAACAUCUUUCAAGGCAAAGGGAAAACAUACAACAAACAAUUCUUGCAACAAUAACAUACAACAAACCGGUACUACUAAUAAUAUACCGGAGAUUACAAGAACGAUACGAUUGGUACAACGACCGGCUAACAGACAAAAAUUUGGAGACGACAGGCUUGUUUUGGUUUCUGAUAAAUACGUUCCAUUUGUAAUAUUCUCGACUCUUCCUUACAACAAGGGUCGUUUAAGUUGGUCCGAAUUGAGGAGAGAUACAGGAAAAAGGAAAAACGUUUCAUCUCAAAGACCGCUGUCCGCUAUUAAUGAUACUAUCGAUCCAUUUGGUCUUCUUGGUAUAGAAAGAGCUAAAGACGGACAGGAAAUAUCCUACGAACGAUUGUUGGUGCCAUCGAGACAAUUUCAAAGAGAGAGAAAGUUAUACUCGACCGAAAGUGAAACGAUAGAGUUAUCUCAUGUUAUAGCAAAUAAGCAUCAUCACCCGGUACAAAGGACAAAAACUAUAACAUGGAACUUGGAUCACACAAAAUGGUGUCUUUCAUAUGACACAGCAACACAUCGUUUGCAGCAUAAUGCUCCUGAAUCUCCCCCGUUGUCUUUUGGUGCUGAUCCUAUCAGUAAAUUUUAUGAUUGGGACGAACAAUCCUUGCAGUACAAUCCAAAUUUGUUAGAUGAUCCAGAGCUUAUUGCAGGAAAGCAUAGAACUCUCUUGACUUUUACAUCAUACAUGGCAUCGGUAAUUGAUUAUGUGAAACCUUCUGAUUUAAAAAAAGAAUUGAAUGAUAAAUUUAAGGAAAAGUUUCCACAUAUAGAAUUAACGCUCAGUAAAUUACGUAGUUUAAAACGAGAAAUGCGAAAGAUAGCCAAGACAGAGUAUGGUAUUGAUAUGUUGACUGUGGCGAUGGCUUAUGUAUAUUUUGAAAAAUUAAUCCUUCGUAAUAUUGUGACCAAACAAACCCGCAAAUUGUGCGCAGGUGCUUGUUUACUUCUUGCAGCAAAAUUAAAUGAUGUUAAAGGCGAUGUUUUGAAAUCGUUGAUCGAGAGGAUAGAAAGUGUAUUUCGUUUGAAUCGUAAGGAUCUGAUAACAUCUGAAUUUGCUGUACUCGUCGCAUUAGAAUUUGGCUUACACCUUCCAAAUUGGGAAAUAUUUCCUCAUUAUCAACGUUUGAUAUACGAAUCUUGACCUUCCUUUUCAUCCUUCUUCGUACAAAGACGUCAAACAUUAUCUUCUUAAUUGUGCAAGAAGUUGAAGAUAAAUAUCAUCGAUCCUCGCUAAUGUUGAAUAAAAAUAAAACCGAAAAUGAAAUGUGAAUUGAACAUUUAAAAAAAGAACAUUGAUGGAUGUUUAAUGAUAAAGCGCUAAGUAUAACAAUUAUGCAUCAAUGUGAUAUAAGAUUAAAAUAGAAAUAAAUUAUGCAUCUUCAUUUUUACACAUACAUAAAUCUGAACAUUGAAAGAGCUUGUAAUCAUCUUAAUAAAUUAAAAAUGAAAGAAAGAAAGAAAGAAAGAAAGAUAUUCUUAUAGAGAGAAAGAAGACAAUAUAA